AUGCAGGAAGCAUCGCAAAAACUAGGAUUUUACUUGGGUGAGGAAGACAUGGAGUUUUCCAGCUUCUCAAGCGGGACCGAACGUGCUGUCAAGACUUGGCAAGUGGUGGUGGUGAUGAAGGUGGUUGUUGUAGUGGUGGUGGUGGUGGGGGGGGAUGGCGGUUGUGGAGGUGGUGGUGGUGGCAGCGGCAGCAGUGACAACAUGGUGGUGGUGGUGGUGUUGGUUGUGGAGAUGGUGGAGGACGUGGAGGUUUUGGAGGAGGAGGUGGUUGUGGUGGUGGUGGUGGUGGUGGAGGUGGUGGUGGAGGAGUUGGUGGUUGUGGUAGUGGUGGUGGUGGGGAUGGCGGUUAUGGAGGUGGUGGUGGUGGGGGCAGUGGCAGCAUGGUGGUGGUGGUGGCGUUGGUUGUAG